CUCAACAAAGGGGCAAUUGGUCCCUGAUUUAGGGAACAAUCUUUCCAGGUUUAGGAUAUAAUUUGAAGAGAGAUGGCAGAACUGAAGAGCAGCAACAGCAGAAGGAUUUUAGAGAAAAACAGCCUAAAGCAACCUGUCUCCACUGCAAAAGUUGCUAGCCCUGAAGAAAUGCGGCGUGGCAACAAGGGGGAUGAGAAAGCAGCACAAGCUGGGGAACGGGAGGCUCUUCAGAUUGCUAUGGAGUCUCGUCCCAAUCAAAAUCCCCGUCAGAGGGCUGUUCUUGGGGUGCUGACUGAAAAUGGACAAUGCCUGAGAUCCUGUGGACAGGGAGCUACCAUGGCGAGAUGCUUCUCUGGAUCUGAAAAUGUCUUUCCUGUUGCUGGAAAGAAUGUGUUGCCCACUUGCAUAUCCUCCAAGCAGGGCUUCACUGUUUACAUAGAUGAACUAGAGCAAAAAAAUACCAUCAACAGUGUGGCUAUAGAAGAGGUGGAACCAAGCAUGUGUGAAGGUGAUACCAGCACAUUGAAACCCAGAGUUCACCUGCUGUUGGACUUAAGUACAGUGUCUCCAAUGUUGGUGGAUACAUCGCUGCGGUCACAAAAUGAAGAUCCCUAUGAUCACAUAAUAGAUGUCAUGGGUAUUGUAGAAUAUGCUGAAGAUAUUCAUUGCUACCUGAGAGAGGCUGAAGUCAGGUACAGGCCAAAGCCCUGCUACAUGAGGAAGCAGCCAGAUAUCACCACCUGUAUGCGCACAAUUUUGGUGGACUGGUUGGUGGAAGUUGGCGAAGAAUACAAGCUUCACACAGAGACCCUGUACCUUGCUGUAAACUAUUUGGACCGCUUUCUCUCUUGUAUGUCUGUCCUUCGAGGAAAACUGCAGCUUGUAGGAACUGCAGCAAUUCUUUUAGCUGCGAAAUAUGAGGAAAUCUAUCCACCAGAAGUAGAAGAAUUUGUGUAUAUAACAGAUGAUACCUACACCAAAAAACAGUUACUGAGAAUGGAACACUUGCUUCUCAAAGUCCUGGCUUUUGACUUGACAGUACCAACGAUCAACCAGUUUCUUCUUCAGUAUUUACAGAUGCAUGGGGUCUGUCUUAAGACUGAGAAUUUUGCAAAGUAUGUAGCAGAAUUGAGCCUACUUGAAGCCGAUCCAUUCCUGAAGUAUCUUCCCUCACAAAUGGCAGCAGCUGCUUACUGUCUAGCAAACUAUACUGUGAACAGGCAUUUCUGGCCGGAAACUCUCGCUGCUUUCACCGGAUAUUCACUAAGUGAGAUAGUGCCUUGUCUGAGUGAUCUGCACAAAGCGUGCCUCGAAGCUCCUCACCGGCCACAGCAAGCAGUAAGGGAAAAGUACAAGAUGACCAAGUACAUGCAAGUCUCUCUCCUGGAGCCACCAGCUAUCCUACCUCUGCAGUGAAUUGUGGAAUGCCAGUGAACUGCACCAAGGCUGAAGCACUUAUUUCCUGAUCAAUAGAAUUGAUCAUUCAGGUUUUUAUAGGGCACUGCAGGUCACGUGUCGAUAUGUUGCUGAAAGUAUUUUUAGUUGCCAUUUUAGCAUAUAGCUGUACCUCAUUACAAAGACGCAGGACUGUAGUUUUAACCUAAACUAAAAGCACUUUUAAUAAACAUCUCCUUCGCUAAAAACA